AUGGGUUAUAGCGACGUUGAGGGCGCGCCUGACGGCUGUGCCGCAGCAUGCUUCGAGGGGGACCGUUCAUCCAUCGAGACGAGCAAAGGGUAUCAAUACGUCGGGGCAUCUAUGGGGCAAUAUUCCGUCUCCUCUGACAUGGUCUGGGUCGGCAGAGGAAUGGGGGAUUGGGAGAAGAAGGAGGCGGCCAAGAAGGGCUCCAGUGGCGCUGUUUGGUGCGUGCCUUGCCUCAUGCUUGCGGCGCUCCUCAUCGGAUUGGGCCUUUUGUGGUGGUUCCUCUCGCAUCGCACACCCGUCGGUGCAGACGACAUGGAGCCCACAUUGAACUGCUACGAAGGAUACCAUGACUGGAAGAACCUCUGGACUCCGGAGAAGCAAGCCGCCUGCUGCGAUCAGUACGGUC